AUGACAUUCCUCGCUUUUGUAAUAAUCCUUCUGGUGAGGGUGACGCUCGCAACCGAGAGCGACGUAUGGCGUCCUUGCGGGGAAAUCAAGCGCGAUCUGCGGAUACCAUGUGCGUGCGCUCUGACAGUGUCUGGCGCGAGGAAGAAUGUGCUCUCCGUGCGAGUCAACUGCGACCGCGUCGCUCUCAACGGCGACCUGAUCCCACGGCUCAACGACUCGACGAUCGUGGCUUUCAGCCAGAAGUUCGCGGGCCACCGCGGCUUACCGGUCGCGGUGACGAGCGCCCUCCCAGGUACCCUGGAAUCCUUGGACUUUAGCGACAACUCGAUCCGCCGGUUGGCCGAUCGGCAUCUCCGAGGACACCCCAACUUGACGGAACUCCGUCUGGCGAACAACGCACUCGGGGACAACGUCAAUCCCAUAUUUUCGAGCAACGAGUUUCACGAGCUUUCGAGCCUGAAGCUCUUGGAUCUGCGAUCGAACGGACUGCGCGGCAUCGAGGAGGGGAUUUUCGCGGGAUGCCCCAGCUUGGAGGAGCUGUACUUGGAUUUUAACAAUUUAACGCGGCCGCCGGUCGGAUCGCUAAAAGGACCAAAGGCCUUAAAAGUCCUCGGUCUGGCUGGUAAUAGAAUCGAUUCGAUCGAUUACGGUGCUUUUUCGAUUUUCGGAGAAACACUGUUGAGCCUCAACUUGAGCAGCAAUGAAAUAAACUGGUUGAAGGACGGUGCUUUUACAGAAAUGACAAGUCUCGCGGUUCUCGACAUGUCGGGUAAUCUUAUCAAGAAUCUGAACAGCGACGCUUUGAAAGGUGCGUACAAUCUUCGAGAGCUCGACAUGUCGAAAAAUCUAUUCGAGAACUUUCCAACCGAAGCCUUGCGCCAUCUCAAAAAUCUUCGAAUCCUCGAUAUGUCGCACAAUUCAAUCACCGAAUUGAGGCGCCUGCACCUGGAGGACUUGAAAAAUCUGCAAUAUUUAGACUUGAGUCGAAAUAAAAUUGCACACUUGGGCUCGAACACAUUUGCCGAUUUGACCCACUUGGUUCGCCUCGAUCUAGCUUUCAACUUUUUACGCACCAUGGACGAAUCGUCGUUCGGAGGACUGGGCAAGUUAAAUUGGCUGUCGCAUCUUGACUUGUCGCACAACCAACUGAGCGAGGUCGAUCGUACGGCUGCUCUAGGGAACAACAGCCUCCUGUCGUUGAAUUUGGCCAGUAACCGGUUGACCAGGAUAUCCGCUGACGUGUUCAAGCACCUGGUUAGAUUGGAGCGCCUCAACAUAAGUGAUAACCCGCUCUACGGCGGAUUUCCCCCGGUUUUCCCUCGAUCGCUCAUCGAGCUGGACGCCACGCGUACCGGCCUCGAGGUAUUGCCGGCCGUCCUCCUCUUGAACCUCGCGAGCCUCGAGCGCCUCUAUUUCGCGGGAAAUCGGCUGCGAGAGAUCGACGAGGCCACCUUCAGUCACCACUCGAACCUGACUCUCAUCGAUUUGUCAGACAACGAGCUCGCUACUCUGAGCAAAGGUGCCUUUGUGGGCCUCCCCAGCCUCAAAAACCUACUUCUCCACGGCAACAAGUUCACAAACGUGUCGUCGCAACUGCUCCCGGCUUUACUGGAGGACCGCGCCGGCUUCGCCAACUCCCGAGGAGUGAACAUCAGUCUCAGCUGCGAUUGCGGGUCCAAAGCUCUAUGGAAGAGACUCAGAGUAUUCGGCAGCGCGAUCGUGUGCUUGUCACCGGUCGAUGGUCAAUCAUCGUCUUGCGCAUCAAAAGAUGAUGUUCCGAUCACUGCACUUGAAACUGUAAACAGCAACAACAGCCAAGACGACAGCGUCGAUUCAACGAGUACCGAUCCGAUUACUCCUCUUGAAGAGAGUAGCCCGUCGACGAGUUCGGAGCCCGCAAUCGUCUGGAGCACGACGGCACCAACGUUUCCGGACUCGAAAAGUAACAAAUCAUCUUACGAGCAUCCGCCGGUGAGCGUAUCGGGCAUUGCUGGUAGUGCAGAUGAUUUUCUUAUAAUUGGAAUUAUUCUGGCGGUGGUGCUUCUCGUACUGAUCGUCGCAGCAACAAUAUGCGUGUAUCGAAUACGCCGAAAUUCUCAUGUACGCGCUGCAGCCAUGGCUUCCAGUAUGCAUGACGCGUCGAUGCUGCGACCGGCCAGCAGUAACUUUGGCGGCGGUAAAUUAAAUCAUCAGGACUGCGUUUACGUGAAUUCGUACAACGGUUCCACUCUGAUGAGGCAUCACACUUCAGGCAGCAAUGCCACCAAUGCAACAUCGGCCUCGCCCGUCCAAAUGCUACCCCUUGUACAGCCCCUGCCCAUCAUUCAUUCCACACCAAAUUCGCAAUCGAUGUACGGCUAUUACGAUAAUGUCACGCCUUUUUACGUCAUUUCAACCGAUAACAAGUGGGAUUGA